GUAUGCAUUCUCCAAAAAGCAGCAGCAGCAGCAGAUGCUGUUGCACUCUCAUCCCUCGCUCUGGCGCGCGUUCUCUCUCUCUCUCUCUCUCUCUCUCUGUUUGGAUCGCUGUAUCUAUUGCUCAUAUAAGUGGCUCACUGUAGGCAGCAUUUUGGACAGUCUUUGCUUAGCAGUCGCUGCGUGUGGAACACAUAAUUAAAAUUAAAUAUCAUGGGCGUCAUAUACAAAAUACUUAAACAGCAGCGUCAGCAGCAGCAGCAGGAGCAGCAUCGUAGCCUCAGCAUGGAUCUAAGCAUGGCAACCAAAUGCAAAGUGCAGGCAGCCAUAAAGCAGCGUCAACAGCAGCGACUCGAGGAGCAGGAGCAGCAGCAUCCCGAGCAGCAGCAGCAGCAGCAAGAGGAUGCGCUAGCAGCAGAGCAGCAACUGCAGCAGCUUUGUCGCUUUCUUGCGGAGAAUGCAGCGCGCAAAAAGCGGCAGCGUCUGAAGCACAACUAUGCUCUGGACUCGGCACAGCCUUUGCUGGAGCUGCCAACGCCGCCAGCAGCCGCCAACAGCAACAGCAACAACACACAUGACAUGGAUAUGCUCAUGGCAGAGCUGCAUAGUUGCCACACAUCAGUUGAUACUGCCAUGGAGCUAGUGGCGCCACCAACAGCAGCAGCAGCAGCAGCAGCACCUCGCGACAGCAUCUUGCUUAAGAUACGUCAUCAAAUCUUUGAGCGCAAACGUCAGCGGCAACGUCAACUGGCCGAGCUCAUGCAGCAGCGCUUAGUGGUCUGGCGGCCCUGGUAGUAGCAUCUAUAUAUUUAUAUAUAAUACA